AUGGUUGUUUACAAGAAAACCAGUUUCUUUACAUUUUUUUAUUUCAUUCUUUUUUCCUUUGUUGUUUCUUCCCUUUUUCUUUCUUUCUUUCUUUCUUUCUUUCUUUAUUGCUUGUUUGCCUUUUUCCCUUCAUUGUGUGCCGUUUGCUUCUUUCCGUCCAUUAUUCCUUUCUCCAUUUUGUUUGUCUUAUUUUUCUUUCUUUUUCUUUUGUUUCCUUUUUUCUUGCUUUCUUCCUUCAUUCUUUCUUUCUUUAUUUCUUUCUUUCUUUCUUAUUGUUCGAUCUUUUUAUUUGGUCCGCUCUUCUUUUUUUUCUUGCUUUUCCGCUUCCUUAACUUCUUUCUUUCUUUCUUUCUUUCUUUCUUUCUUUCUUUCUUUCUUUCUUCAACGGUGUUUUCACUUCUCUUAAUUUUUGUUUCUUCUUCCUGGAUUCUUCUGUCACGAAAUGUUCUUUUGUCAUCGUUUUUUUUUUCUUCUUCUUUCCCUUAUCUUUGUGUUUCACAUUAUCUAACGUUGCUUCUUUUUUCCUUAUUCUAUUUAUACCAAAAAGAUUAUUUCUUUCUCUUUUUUAUUACAUAUUUUUUUCUUAUAUUCUCACUCCCUUUCUCCUUUCUUCAAGUCUCUUUGUUUACCUUUGGUUGUUCAUCAAUUCAUACUAAACACUUCCCAGUCUAUUAUUUUCAUUUUUCUUCACUUUUUAUUUUUCACUUUUCUUCGUUUCAUUUUUCUUAA